AUGUUGUCUUUUUGUUCUUUUUUCUUAAAGACCCCUAUUCCCUCCUAUUUUAUGCUUCCUGGAGAUGGAGGACAGUUUGUUAUAUUCCUUCCUAAUUUAAGUCAUACAAUAAAAGACUCAAUAACUUAUGACUCAUUAAACUAUCUCAGCAGCUUUCUCCUCUCCAGAAUUAAAUGCUCUUAUUAUUUUGUUAUUUUUUCUCAGAGGUCUUAUUUUCCAAUCUAUAUUUUAUUCCUUUUCAUUUCUGCUAUAACCCCUCCCCAGUUCCCAUAUAAUCCUAAGAAACAGCCUCCUCUCAGAAACUGA